CGUGGCGUCCGAUCAGAAAUGAGGUCAUGUUUGGGAUUUCCCAGAAAGGGAAUCCCAGUCCUUCACAUGUUUUAGAGAAGAAAAAUGAAUUCUGCAAAGCUCAUACAACGUUUUAUGACAUGCUAUUCGAGAAGACGCUGUCUCAGCUAUUCAAUGCUGCACCAGAAAAAACAGUUCUGUACCAAGCCAGAUAACAAGUUGAUGACACAGUUGCAGUCAAAAAUCAACUUCUCUGGACCCAUAACUGUAGCUGAGUACAUGAAAGAAGCGCUCACACAUGCCACUGAGGGGUACUAUAUCCAUAGUGAUGUGUUUGGGGUGGCAGGUGAUUUUAUCACUUCACCAGAAAUAAGUCAGAUGUUUGGCGAGUUGAUUGCAAUAUGGUUUGUAAAUGAGUGGAUGAUGAUCGGUGCCCCAGAGAAUGUGCAGCUGGUGGAGAUGGGGCCAGGGAGGGGAACUAUGGCUGAUGACAUGCUGAGGGCAUUCUCAAAGUUUCCAGAGCUGUCCAAGGCCCUGUCCGUCCACCUGGUGGAGGUGAGUGUGACUUUAAGUCGACUUCAGGAGGAGAAACUGUCCGCCACACCAGACCAGCCUGCACCAUCCAGCAAGGAAGGGGAGCUCCACUACAAGUCCUGCCUGUCCAAGUACGGGCCCUGCGUGUACUGGUACAGAGAUAUCAAGGAUGUUCCAGCUGGAUGUAACAUGUUUGUGGCUCAUGAGUUCUUUGAUGCACUUCCAAUACACAAAUUUCAGAAAACUGAGCACGGCUGGCGGGAAGUUCUAGUCGACAUUGACCCAGAGACAGAAAACAAGCUCAGAUUUGUCCUGGCUCGCGGUGACACUCCAGCUUCUAAACUGGCUCUAAAGUUGUGUGAUGGAGAUGAUCGUGAGCAUGUGGAGGUGUGUCCCCAGGCGGCCCUUGUAAUGAACUAUCUGGCCAGCUGUAUACAGGAGCACGGGGGAUGUGCACUUAUAGCAGAUUAUGGGCACCAUGGAGACAAACAGGACACUUUCAGGGGUUUUAAGGACCAUGCCCUUCACGAGGUGCUGGAAAACCCAGGCUGUGCUGAUCUCACCUCAGAUGUUGACUUCUCUUAUCUCAAACAGCACACUGAUGGGAAAGUGAAAGCAUAUGGUCCUGUAACACAAUCCCUUUUCCUACAAAACUUGGGAAUAGCCUACAGACUCAAGAUCCUUUAUGAUAAGGCAGAUGAGUCUGGGAAGGCUGACCUGCUAUCAGCGUUCAAGCUGCUCACCUAUCCCGAGGAGAUGGGGGAGAGGUUCAAGUUCCUGGCCCUUUUAAACAAUGCCUGUCAGCAUAACCCUGUAGGCUUCGAGCCACUGCCGGAGGAUCAACCAGCGCAACCUACCAGUGAACCCACUUGAAAUUUGUAUUUGUUUGUAGUGCUUUUAUAUAUUUAAAUUUGUGAAUUUAAGAAUGAGUGUUACUUUAUUAUCUUGUCUGUGUCUCAAAGACCGAACAAUUUGGGUAGCGUCAGUCUUGUUUUCAAUUUGUGCUUAAAAAUUAAAGUUGGCCAUAACAUGAAUAUAGAAACCUAAAAAUGAGUUCACAUGAUCAUUAUCUUACACAGUUGUGUUGAAAGGUCCAUAACUCUUGCUCUGAUAUUUAAGUUAUGCCCUUUGAUCAAUGGAGUAAAAUAAUGCUCUUGUUUACAUAAUACUAUUGAUUUUUCACUAACAGUUACUAUUUAUAUUCUCAUUUCUCCUUUUUUAAAUUCUGGCUUGCACACCCGUUUAAGAUUGUAACUUAUUCAUGAAGAAUACACUGACAGUGAUAUCACGGGGGAUGAGCAAAAAAAGUCACGUGACCACAAAUGCAAACGCCAGUAGUAUUUUGGCUCGAUUGAUCGUCAAUCAAGGAACCACACGUUUGAUACAAAGAGUCGGAGUACAGUGCAGUACGGGACUGUUUUGAUAAACAGAAAUGCAUUACAGAAGGGAACCAUUGGUGUGUGCUGGGAGCGGGCCAGACGCAACGAUUCUAAAAUGCUUGUAACAGAUCGCACGGGGAUAAACGUUUCAUUUGAACAUAAUUUAAACAUCUUUAAUGAACCUUUUAUUUAACCAUUCUUCAUGUUGUGAUGAUAAUACUGUCAUGAUAAUUGUUAAUGACAGAUAUUGUGAUAAUGAUAACCAUAAAAUGAUAUUGCGAUGAUACAAUGACAAUGUAUGCUCUACCCGGAACAAUGUUUAUAUCACUGAAAAUACUCUUUGAACUGUAUAUAUAAGUGCUGUUUUACAGAAAUAAAGACAUUAUAAUGGAAAUGUUCUUCAUUUAUUCUAUAACUGUAUAUCUUAGAUUAGUUUUAUACAUUGAAUAAAAUGAUUGACAAUAAAAGCGAUCACAGAUAAUCAGAUAAAAUCAAAGAUAAGUAAUCAAAUAACAUAACGAUUCAUUAAUAAACAAUACUUUUGUUAUGAUCUGCCUGAGAUUCUACUUUCUUCCACAUCAGAUAAGUUGACCUAAAAAAUUGGCAAGGGCCAAGAUAAAACAAGUACCCGUAUGGAAUUCAUUUUUUUCAAUCGUCAUCACACAAUUACCUCCCUUGUAGACGACUGUCGUCUUUAGCAUCAUGGAAACAUUGUCUCAUGGCAAUUUUAUAAAUCAAAAUUGAUUAUUUCUCGCUUCAAAUAGAGCAAUAGAAAAGUUUUCGCGCUCCAUUCAAGAAAGAACUAUAAAUAUUUAAUCAUAACAUAAACAUAAUCUGAAUCACUGCACGCAUAUCCAUAACAACCACGAAUUGAUACAAAUCUAUACGCGCAUUAUAUUCACUACGCACAAAAGAUUUCCAGGUUUUUCCAGGAUCAUCGCCGCUCGUGUAAGAUAGGUUCAUCACACCCCUCUCGCAGGGUGUUUUGCAGAAACACGGUAAACCCCGCUUCCGCAAUACACUCUAUGUUCGGGUUGGGAUGAACCUUGCACUCUCGGCCAUGAAAGAUACUUAUUAUCUAAAAUUUGAUGUUUUAUUUGGUGUGUUUAAUAACUUUUGCUUGCACAAUCUACUUCUAUGCCGAUAACA